AUGGUUGAAGGACUUACUCGUUACCAUAACACGCCUCCGAGCGACGCGAUCAUCGUCCAUGAUAGACAAUCGCUGAACGAUCUGGUCAAGGUCAACCCGGAAACAAUUCUCCAUGCCGAGAACGGAGGAUACUACCUCAAGGACAUGGAAGAAGCGGUCGUUGCCAUUACUGCUGACGACCUAUGCAAAGAGCUUGACGUUGCCUUUGCGAGCAUUGAUGCCGGGGACAUUGGCGAGGACUCUGAACCCGAGAACCGAGAAUCCGAGUCUCUCGGAGGGGCAGAUACCACGAAGAGGUCCGCUUCUUAUUCUCACGAUAAGCGUAACAAGUGCUCCCAUCCUCGUUGCUUCAACUCUGCAACCUGUUUGACCUACUCAAAUUGCCAUGUGUGCUCCACGAGCACCCGGAAGGUUUGUAUAUAG